AAUUUUGCAGGCAGCAACGGACGCCAGCUGAGCAACUCGCAACAAACUGUGGGCGCUGCCACUACCAACGCCGCCGCCCAAAUGCCGCAUUUUCUAUCCCGUGGGCACACUUAUCGCGCCGUUGUGGGCGACACGCUGGUGCUGCCCUGCCAGGUGGAGAAUCUAGGCAACUUUGUUUUGUUGUGGCGUCGUGGCACAAAUGUGCUCACUGCCUCCAACAUUAUGGUGACAAGGGAUGAGCGCGUAAGACUGAUAGAUGGCUAUAACUUAGAGAUAUCCGAUUUGGAGCCACAGGAUGCUGGAGAUUAUGUAUGUCAAAUCAGUGACAAAAUAAAUCGUGACCAAGUGCACACUGUCGAAAUAUUAGUGCCCCCUAGCGUACGCGCUAUACCAACUUCAGGACAAUUGCAGGCACGCAAGGGUGGACCCAUUACAUUGGAAUGCAAAGGCUCUGGCAAUCCUGUGCCCUCCAUUUACUGGACUAAAAAGAGCGGCGCCAACAAGUCAACCUCACGCAUUGGCGAUGGUCCCAUACUAACGCUGGAUAAGCUGGAGCGUCAGCAGGCGGGAGUCUAUCAAUGUACCGCCGACAAUGGCGUUGGUGAGCCUGUUACCGUCGAUAUGCGCUUGGAUGUGCUUUAUCCGCCGGACAUACAAGUGGAAAAGUCUUGGAUACACUCGGGCGAAGGUUUUGAGGCUAAGCUGGUUUGCAUUGUUUAUGCCGAUCCCGUUGCAACGGUGUCCUGGUACCAAAACUCAUUUCCCAUACAAACCACCGACAGGCGCAUUAUGAACACUCGAGCCAAUCGUCAUACGCUCACCAUACGUCAUAUACAGCAGGAAGACUUUGGCAACUAUAGCUGCGUGGCGGACAAUUCGCUGGGACGUUCACGCAAGUACAUGGAAUUGUCGGGCCGACCAGGGCCAGCUGAAUUCUAUUCACCCAAAUGGGGACGCUCCUCGGACAGCUAUAAUCUGACAUGGAAAAUCGACAGCUAUCCGCCGUUGGAGGAAGUGCGUCUGCUCUACAGACGUGUGCUGAUGAACGACACAUUUCAACAGCCUGGCAGAUGGCACGACUUUAUACUCACCCCCGAGCAUCGUCCCGCAUCGGAGCCACUCACACAUAUCAUGUCCUAUACCAUAAAGAAUCUGCAUCCAGGUGCUUACUACGAGGCGAUUGUGCAGGCUAAGAAUCGCUAUGGCUGGAAUGAGGUCAGCGAUAUAUUUCAAUUUAUUGUGGCUAGCAACAGCAUGGACAUUGCACCCGAGGACGCCGAAGUGGUUGCCAGCUCCAAAUCGCGCAGCAACAGCGGCGCUCUAAGCAUUCUGCAGCACGCCUUGCCACACAAUCUGCUGCUACGCGGCGCGCUAGUCAUAGCAUUUGCUCUAAGUAAUGGUCGCUGCGAUAGACUUUGGUUUAGCUUGGGGUAAGCGAGCACCUGCGACACCAACGCGCAUCAUUAAAAGCCAAAAAAAUAGAAACGAAGCAGCGCAAGUUGCUUGGGCAACAACAAAUCGAAGUCGAAGUCGAAGCGCAGACGUCGCACAGCUGCGCACAUAGUCUGGCCAUUAUGUUAGCUCACACAUACAUACUUACAAUUAUGUUUAGGUAACGCUAAUUUGAACUUCAGCCAUACUCAAAGCAAUCCAAAGGUUUUUACUCAGUCACUCUGCCAAGUUUUUAAACACAAUACAAACUGUAAAUAAUUUUUUCAUACGCUUUUAGUCUCCCCCCAGAAAUCACAUAAAAUAUGCAUUAAAUUAUAAAAAAUAUGAAGGCAAUUUACAGUUACGCGCAUGUAUUUAAAAGCAGCAGCAACUCGAACUCCAACUAGUCGAACUAGGUCAUGUAAAUAUGCAUUAGAUAUUUGAAUGUGAAUUACAUUUUAUUCAUAUACCAUAUAAACUAUAUAAAUGGCGCGUCGGUAAAUAUAAUAUGUAAAUUAAGCAUACAACAUAAAACUAGUGAUAUUAUUUAAUUUACACAACGUUAUUAUUAACACCACUGCAUAAUAUUAGUUGUAAAAAAAAUGAUUUCGCAUACGCCCCAUACACUACACAUAACUUACUUUUAUUUGUUGCAUAACUUAACUUGCAUUAGUUUGUAAGCGCACUGCAUAAAGCAAAAAAUUGAAACAGUAACAUAAAUUUUAAAAUGUAGUUUUCAAUGUAUGCGUAAAUUUAGCAACUAAGGCCAACAUGUUGAAACCACCACCAAAAACAAAAAAAACAAAUACGAAAUGAACUAAAAUUUAAAGAGAAAAACUCAUCAUAGCAACUACAUUACUAAAUAUAAAUUAAGCACACAUACAAACAUUAAAUAACUAACAUAACGAAAUAUGCAAGCAAGUCAACAAGCAAGUUGGCGUGUAUUUGUAAAUAACAAUAUAUAAAUGUUUAAGCCGUUUUGAGUGUUGCAUGCAUUUUUAUCAGCUUUUGCACCCAAAGAAAGAAAAAACAAACAACUCUGUGUAGGACUUCAAGCAGUUAUUAUUAGUCGUGUGUUUGUGUGUAUAUUAAAUAGCAAAAGAAAACUUUACAAUUUGCCAGCAUACUUAGCAGCAUACAGUUCAGCAAUACUGUAAAUAAAUUGUAUGCGCAGCACUCUACAUGUGGAUUAUUAAAUUAGCAACAAAUGCAAAUAUACAUGGAACACUUGAAAUUUUCUUUGUAACCAAAAGUGUUCGCAACAAAUAUAAAAACACAAAAUACACACACACAACUAAUAACUAAUUUGAUGCUAAUUGUAUGAAUAUUAUGCAGCAAAUGCAGCUCUUAGUCAUAAACAAUCUCUAUGUAAUCCAAAAAAAAAAAAAAGAAU